AUGACAUCAUCACGGACACAGCCAAUGUUUGAGCCCAUUUCGUGGGAUCUCAUCCACCCGUGGUAUCCAGACGAUCCCACAAAAUCAUCUAUUGAAACCCACAGGCGCAGUCGGCGUCUCCUAGAAAUUAUGAAACAGGAGGAAUUCGACCCUCGCGUCCCCUAUGGAUGGGGAUUCUUUAUUUACCGUGCCAUCUUCGGCGACGGGACCGAUGCCCGUUUUUCCGAGGGCCUCAAUCGCCUUGAGAAAUGGCUCAGAUGGGAUGUUAGGAGCUCGCGUUACAAGCACGGUGACGACGAAUACGUUUGGGAGCACCACCCAGAGUGUAUGCCAGCGCCUGGUGAACCUGAUGUUACGGAUGAAAUCGCAAGGCGAAUGUGGAAUGAGGUAAUAGAAGAAUACCCAGACGCCCAGAAAAUAAUUACCAAGCCAGAAGGCAGCGAGGAUUUUACUCCUAUUGGCCAAGACUUUGCCGCUAGAAUAGAGUCUUUCGACAUCAACACCGGUCCGCAAGACGAAGAGGACUGGCGGAGAAACACGCGCUAUGAGACUUGCCUGAUAAUUGACGAAAGAGUCCUUGAAAUGCUCGAGGGGCUUCCAGCAGACACCCCCCCAGUGGUGCCUCUUCCCAAAUCAAGCCCUGAAAGGCGGCAAGCAAAAGAAAUUCUCCGUGACAAUUGGGUAUGGAUCCUGGAUCGAGAAACCGCCAUUAACAAAGAGCAGGGGGGUGCGCAAGAAUUCCCUCCGUGGAUCCGCAUCCAAUUACGCUGGUUACGGUUCUUUUUCUUUGAGAGUGCUUGUGGCUACGUUACUACCGACUGGCAACGUUUGGUACAAGAAGAUAGAAACCACUGGGAUACUGUGCGAUGGUGGAAUACAAUAGCACCGAUGUAUAAUGAUGGUAUGCGGGCAUCUCGUGCUGCAUCUUCGAAUACAGUGGCUUUAUCCUGA